AUGAAGACUACGGUGAAGGUGGGCGCGGCAGUGCGCGCAGCUUUCGCAGGCGAGACGGCAUCCCACGUGACGGCUGCCGCUUGUGACGUAUGCUCCGCUUGGAUCGGCUGCGGUGUCGCAAGGGACAUUAACGACUUGCGAAGGGUUCAUCACCUUUUGGUAUCUAGUCUGGACAAGUUGAAUACUAAAGGCAAUACCACUCUGAUUUACAAUGAAAGCAUGGCAACAUUGGAGAAACUUUCCAUUCUGAAAGCAUGGGCAGAAGUAUACAUAGUAGCCAUGGUGAGCAACGACAGUGCUCCCGGCAGCUACGUCAAACAACUCGACACAAAACCUUUCAACAACAAAGCGGAAUUGGCAAAAUGGCGGAACACUCUACUCCAAAACAAUAAUCAGAUAGACAACGCGGAUGUAGAGAGCGAUGACGAAUACGGGGAGUUUGAGUCGAAAGGGGAGAGUCUGCUGAAACUGGUCGAGCCAGAGUUGGAUAGCUUGGGCGAAAACUGGAUAGCUGCCUUGAAGGAUCACGCGCUAUUGAGUCUGCCGCCUGAAUUCGCGUCACAACUACCACACGGGGGCGGAGCAUUUUACAGCGCAGAAACAGCGGAGGCGUCGCGGGCGCACUAUUCGCGCGCAUGGCCCGCGCUUUUACUAGCGGCCGCGUUGCGGUACAACGCGCGCGCUUCUUCAGAUACUGGCGCGCGGGCGAGCGACAACAAAGUCGACAACAAACCAGCCAAGACUGAGAAUGGAAACUUUGAAUUCUUCGAGCCAACCGACGAAAGGUUCCAUUUAUUAUUCGGUAUUUGUAUGGAAGCACUGUGUGCACAGAGAGACAUGAGCACAGAAAACACAAUAACUGUGCUUCUAUCAUUGGUUACAUUAUUGGACGCACCUGAAAACAGAGCUAGACUAUUAAAAGAUAGAGCCCUAGCCAUAGAGUUGUGCCAAAUCAUCCACCGCGCGGGUCUGACUCAAGAGAGCAUAGAAGCGCUACUGUUGGCAGCUGACGUGUUAAGGCUUAUCAUUGACGGAGCCCGCGAGCAGUUGCAGGCGAAUAUGCAGGCCAAGAUCAAAGAAUUAGCCCCCAACGAAGCGGAGGGCGCGGUCCCUCAAUCUGUCCUGGAAGUUGUCCACACACUAGGCGAGGGGGGUCCCACUGGCGACCUACCCCCAGGAAAGUCCCUAGUCUUCGCGGCUUUAGAGCUAUGCGUGUGCUUACUAGUGCGCCGGCUACCAGCCCUCAGUCCGCAGAAGCAGGGGGGCACGGUGGGGGUCAUCGGGGUCCCACGGGGGUUGGGGGUCCAUGGCGAUACGUUGUUGGUGAAGAGCUUGGCUGCUAUGGCUGAGCUGCCGAAGCUAACGAGCCCUCAGGGUGGACUGUCAGUUCUUCCCACGAUACUGUACCUAGCCACAGAGAUUCUGAAGGAAUGUGGCGGCGACGGCGUCGUGGCUGAAGCGGCAACGUUACUGCUGCAGCAAGCCAGCACGUGUCCUGCAGCUCGACGCGAUAGCCAACAGCAUGAAAAGCUUCUACACGCUACGUUAGCUAAACUGGUUGAACGGGUCAAGAGCGAUGAGCCAGAACAACGCAUGGAUCCAGUAGUAGGCGCGCGUGCGAUGGCGGUACUUCUCAACAAGUCUGCGCCGGCCGCGGUGCACUACCCCUGCAUCAACCACUUCCGACAGUGCUUGGACACCCCUGACAACGAGGUGUUCGCAUCAUGCGUGUCAGUUCUUCGCGGCGUAUGGGGCGGAGCCAACGGUGGUGACGCGGGCGGUUUGUGGGCACGCGCUUUAGCGGCGAGAGUCGCGGCGCGCGCGGCGGCGGCGAGGAACCCUAGGGACAUGGCGCAUACAAGAGCAGCCAUCGCUGCGCUGACGGCGUUGGAUGAGCUGGUAGCGGCGGCACCAGAUGACUCGCGUAUCCAACUCCUCUGGGUGCUAGUUCCCAUAGUGAUGUCGUACUUGCGAAACGGAGGUACACAGCCGCCGCACGUGCGCGCGCUACACGACUUCGCGCUGCACUGGCUCACGCGCGUCGGGCCCAAGUACCCGCAGGAGUUCAAAACCAUGAUGCAGCAGUCAACAGAGCUUCGAUCCAAGCUGGAAGGCGCACUAAAGGCAUCGCAAGCCGCUCGAACCCGGGCCCAGCCGCGAGCGGUAUUCGCGGCCCCACCGCAACGCCCUACUAUACAACUGAAGACAGACUUCAGCGAUUUCAGAUAAAAAACCUUAUUUAUUAAAUCUUCAAGCCCUGCGAAUGAGGGCUAUCGUUUUUGUACUUAACAGUUGGCACCCCUGGCGAUUGACAGGACCUUACUCUACAGUGGCGCCAUCUUGAUGAGUGCAAAUGCGGUAGUCCUCCUACCACUUGAGCGCCACAAGUUGGUGCCACUGUCUUCGCUACUAGCAAGUGACUGGACCUUACUCUACAGGGCGCUAACUGGUGAGCGCUAAAACGAUAGCCCUCAUUGAGACAUAAUAGAAAUCAAUUGAAG